AUGACGACUUCAAUUGAAACCACGAACAUCAAAAAAUUGUGUAGAGUUUGUUUGUUUAACGAAAAUUACUCGAACAACAAUAAUGACGAGCAGCAGCAGCGUGAUGAAGCGUGCAACGACAACCCAAAAAUGUUCUCGAUCCAUAAGACAAUGAUAGGCAAAUAUUUGGUCCGAGAAUUAAUUUCGAAUAUAACGCAAGGCGAUGGCUAUCCCGAAAAUGUGUGUGAAACAUGCUUAGAAAAGUUACGUGUCGCCAAUUUCAUUCAAAUGCAAUGCAUGACGACACAUUCGCUGCUUCGUGAAACGCUCCGACCAAAGAUUUCUGGCUUACCCUCAAACGCCAAGACCUUCAAGUGCGCCCAUUGCAAUGCCGUCUUCGCCAAACGCAUGAAUUUGCUCAAUCACAUCAAAUCGCACGUCCAGCGGAAAUUCACGUGUCACUUUUGUGGGCUGCAAUUCAUCCGGAGCGACCAUCUCAAGUGUCAUCAAGACGUGAAACAUGCGGAAAUUGUAAAUAAAAAUUUUCGUUGCGAUUUGUGCCCGUUCGAGUCGUAUCUCAAGCAGAAUUUGAGGGUUCACAUGCGGGUGCACUUGACAAAUAAGAAACUUUUUCAGUGCGGAUACUGCGAGAAAAGUUACUCGUACCAUUGUGAUCUCAAGCGACAUGUGAUGCAACACGAGAAUAAUUCGCCGUAUCGGUGUGAGGCGUGCGACAAGAGUUUUUACAGCAAAUCAAACCUAAAAGUGCAUCAAAGAAUCCAUUUGGGCAUCAAACAGUACAAAUGUCGCGAGUGUAAGCAACAAUUCUCGCAAAAUGUUUGCUUAGUUAAUCAUGUUAGAGCGUUGCAUAGUAAAAAGGGAUAA